GAUUGGGUCGCUUCGCUCAAACCGUUUCCGAGCAUGCGCAAAAUAUUUAUCUUCGUGCUAACUGCCGGCAGCAUUCCCUCACGGGGGGAGGGUAGCUCGUUUGGUUUCAGUACUUUUUUGUGUUUAACGAUGACGUCUGAAAGGCGCUAGAAAGCUACGAGGCCAUCCCGUUUUCCUCAGAGAAAGGCAAAAGGGGCUGGCUGAAUUCCUGGGGCCGCGCCGGCGCUGUAGUCGGUGGUUCACGCAUGCGCUCUGGCGAAAUCGUGGAGGGGCGGAGCGGAGCGGCCUGCUAGUGGCGGCGGUGCUGAGGCACUGCUUUGGAGCCGGGCUGCAGGGACUUGCGGGGACGGCAUCAUGAGCGCGGACGGUAACGAGGAGUUCUAUCAGCAGUUGCGGCUCCAGGAGCUCUAUGGAAAAAAGGAAGCUGAAGGGGAGGGUGAUCCCUUCACUUACACAGAUCCAGCAGACGGGACCCAGUACGAGUGGGACCGCGACAAGAAGGCCUGGUUCCCUAAGGUGACUGAAGACUUCCUGGCAACAUAUCAUGCUAACUAUGGCCUCCCAACUGACAGUUCAGAUAACUCAUCUGCAUCUGUUACAAAGACUGAAAUUAAACCACCUGUGGAUUCAAAGAUGGCUGGAGUUCAGCAGCCGGUAGAGCAAAAAGUGUCACAACAAACAGAACCUAAACAGAAAGGAGAGAAAAGAAAACCUGAAGCAGGAUGGUUUCACGUUGAAGAACAAAAAAAUACAAAUAUAUAUGUAACAGGUUUACCGCCAGAUAUUACAAAAGAUGAAUUUGUUCAGGUUAUGUCAAAAUGUGGAAUCAUUAUGCGUGAUCCUCAGACAGAAGAACCUAAAAUUAAGCUUUACAAGGACAAAGAGGGGAAUCUUAAAGGAGAUGGGCUCUGUUGUUACCUAAAGAGAGAGUCUGUUGAACUUGCGCUGAAACUUCUGGAUGAAAAUGAGAUUAGAGGCUACAAAUUGCAUGUAGAGGUUGCACAGUUUCAACUCAAGGGGGAGUAUGAUGCCAGCAAAAAGAAGAAGAAAUGCAAAGACUACAAGAAAAAGCUGUCUCAACAACAAAAACAGCUGGAUUGGAGGCCAGAGAAGAAAGAGGGCGAGAAUAGACUGCGGCACGAACGUGUUAUCAUUAUCAGAAAUAUGUUCCAUCCAAAAGAUUUUGAGGAGGACCCGUUAGUUCUAAAUGAGAUAAGAGAAGAUCUUCGGACUGAAUGUGAAAAGUUUGGACAAGUAAAGAAACUCAUUAUAUUUGAUAGACACCCGGAUGGCGUUGCAUCUGUGUCCUUUAAAGAGGUGGAAGAAGCUGAUGUGUGUAAACAGGCACUCCAUGGGCGAUGGUUUGGUGGACGUCAGCUGUGUGUUGAAUCAUGGGAUGGUGUAACAGAUUACCAGGUUGAAGAGACUGCAAGAGAAAGGGAAGAGAGACUAAAGGGGUGGGAAACAUUUUUAGGUGAACCUAAUUCAGCAACACCGAAAACUGCAUUGAGUGCAGAUACUUCAGAAACUGGCGUCAAACUGCCUGAAGAAGUUCAGCUGUCUAAACAUAACAGUGCAUCAGAGGAAAAUCAGAAGGAAGAAGCACCUGAGAGAGAAGGUAAUAGAGAAGAUACUAAUGAAGAUGUCACAGCGUCCACAGACAGCAGCAUUGCCGGCAGUGAUGAGGAAGCAGAGACAUAAUGCUAUGGACUCAUUUGUAAAAGCAUGUCUUUAGGGUAAUCUUUAGACCUCCCUUAUCCUGCGCUUCAGAGCAAUUGCAGGCAGCAUUCAGAUUAAUACAUAUAUUACCUUAUUAGGAUGUCAUCAAUGUGUGCUUUUGAGGUAUUUCAUUAAAAGCAGUAUUUAAUGACAAUCUUUUAAAAAAAAACCAGUCUGGCUGCCGUUUGAGCUGUGUGCAUUCUAAGUAGCCACAAGUGCUGCUGAACUGACCAGCCACCUUAUGUUGUAUCUUUGCUUGUCAGUGUUCAAAGUCCAUAAUUGUGAGUAAGUACAGAGUUGCAGUUCCCAUUAAUUACACCCAGAUCUUUAGAAAUACAGAGGUAUGAAUGCUUUUCAGUGCUUGCUGUAAUUCCACACCCCACCCUUUCCCUCCAAACUUGAUAAUCUCCCUGAAUGGUGUGAAUCCUUUACAAAUCCUUGGGUUGACCAGUACAUGCUUAUAUCUUCCGGUUUUCCUGAUAAUAGUCACUUAAGAAAUAACAAGGGCACUGAGGAUGCCUUGUCAGCACUAAAGUGGUGGGGGGGGGAGGGAAAGAAGAAGUACUGCAAUUGAAGAUCCAUGAGAUUGAAGGUGUGUUGAUCUAUAUAUAAAGAUUAUUGUUGUUCAAGUCCUGUUAAUUUGCUCAAUUGUCAGUUUAGUCUGAGGGAGGCUACAAUAACAAAUGGAAAUACAUGUACAUAAGAUGAAUCCUUUUUUUAAAAAAAAUGAUGAAUUCAUAUUGGAAAUGAACAGAGAGCUUUGUGUGGAAGUGUGAUUUUUUUUUGUAUUAUUGUGUUCAAACGUAGACAGGUUUCUGACACUUGUCAAGGGUGAUGGUGUUCAAGGCCUAUUCUUUCUAUUAGGUGGAUUGACUAAAGGAAACUUAAAACUGAGACUGAUUCCUGACAUGGUUGCACAGAUUCCUAAAUAUAGGGAAGUGUGCUGAUCUGUGAGGUAUUUGCCAUUCAGUUGAAGCAAGUUUAAGCUGUCCCAAGAAUUUCAAAAUGUCAUGUCUGAAGCUAUUGUCCAAAGCCCUUAACUAGAUGUCUCCUCAAAUAGGAUAUCACAGUCUCUGCCUCUUUUCUUUAGAAGUAUCUAACCACAGGAAGAUCCAUGGUUUGCAGCUUGGGUAAAACAGGACUCAUUUUUUUUUAUAAUAAACAUAAAAACUUUUCCUUUUAUCUGUUUGUAUUUGAAAUUCAUAAUUAUCUUAAUAGACUUUUGAAAAUGAUUCUCAUCCGUUUGAACUGCUUGGUUAUGGAAAUUUGUGGCUGCCUACAUGGAAACUGGGAAUUUGAGUAUAUCAUAUUGGGAAUUAUUUCAUAAUAUUUUGUGUUCACCUAGAUGACCAAAUUGUACACACAUCUCCACUGAAGGUAUAGUAGAAAGUGUGAAUAAUAUCGAAUGUAAAAGCCUUUACAGGACUUUCUCAGACUAUAUUGCAUUCUUGGACAUUGUAGAUGAGAUGACAGCAGAUGAGAAUUUAAACAAAUAUUUUUGUGCAAGUUUAGCUGUGCUAGAUUUUAUUAACUUUACUAAUGUGACAGUUCAUUUUAAAUAAAAUAUUUCUGGAGCUUAAA